AUGGCUCAUCAAGAAGGUAAUUCGCUCUCUCAGUUGAAGUUUAGAGACGAUCCAUUGUCGGCAGGCCCGAAAUGGAAGAAAUGGAAGCGAUCUUUUCAGAUCUGGAUGUUUGGAAGACAAGAAUUAGCAAACAACUCAUUGCUGAAAAGAGCGAGGUUAUUGGAGAAGGCUGGGCCGGAGGUCCAGGAUGUCUUCUUCAAUGUGGUGGGUGAUAUUGAUAUUACCCAGCAACCAGUGCUAGUACCCGGAGCUGCCGCUCAACCUGAUCCAUACGAGCAAGCCAUAGCAAUUUUGGACGAAUUUUUUCUGCCAAGAUCAAAUGAGCCAUAUGAAACAGAGGUGUUUCGGGGAAUGACAAUGAUACCCAACGAGCCUGUAGAUGCCUUUGUAUCAAGACUUCGAGAGCAGGCUGCAAGGUGUAACUUCAGUGAUGUGGACCGUGAAAUUAGGGAUCAACUGUUGAAAGCUGUGCCAUGGGCGGAAGUUAGAAAAGACUGUUAUAAAUUGGCGCUGCAACGCCCAUUGACUCUAGUCGAUGUACAGCAGGAAGCUCGACUGCACCAGAAGGUGCAGCAAGAACAGGCUGCUUUGGCAAGUGCCACAGAGGCAGUUAAUAGACUCCAAGUGUCAUCUAAGAAGAAGCAACCAAACAAUAAAGGUAACUCAUGCUACCGUUGUGGAGAAAAAGGGCACUAUGCCAAAGAUAGAUCUUGUCCAGCUUGGGGCAAAACUUGCGAAUCCUGUGGGGUGCGGAAUCAUAUGGCUACAGUUUGUAGAAAUGCCAAUAAAGACAAUGAGAAGAAAAAGAAGAAAGGGAAAAAGAAGGAAAGAGUGCAACAUUUACAAGAGGAUUCUGAAGGCUCCAGUUCGGAAGACAGUGAUGAUGAUGAAGAAGGGGGCGAGUACAACUACCUUUUUUUGGUGGCCAGCAUGGAAGAGGAAGACGAGUUAGUGACAGUGAAAGUAGGAGGUGUUGAUUUGGACAUGUUGGUAGAUUCCGGGAGCAAGAAAACAAAUUGCAUUCCAGUCAAAACUUGGGAAGAUUUGAAGAGAAAAGGUAUUGUUUGUACAAGCCAGAAGAAAGAAGACCGUUCAGUAUUUAACUAUGGAGGGGAAGACCCUCUCAAAGUAAAGGGACAUUUUGUGGCGUCUAUUCAAACAAAAGCUGGUAAAGUGCUAGAGAAUGUAUUAUUCAAAGUAAUGGAUGUGAAGCAACAUGCAGUGCCAAUAAUGUCGAAGAUAGUAGCUACAAAAUUAGGGUUCUUAAAAAUAGAUCCUGAAGGAAAGUUAUGCCAAAUUGAAGAGGUGAAGAAAGAAGAUCUGAAUGGCGAUACAGAGAAGACUCAAGAUCCAAAGAAGACUGAAGACCCAAAGACUCAGAAGACUGAAAAGAAACCAGUAUUAGAACAAGUGGUCACCAAAGAGAAAAUUAGGUUAGGUUUCCCAGGUGUGUUUACAAACAUACUGGGAAGAUUCAAUAAAUACCAAGUGUCAAUACAUGCAGAUGACACUAUUAAACCUGUUGUGUGUAGGGAACCAAGAUUACCACUAAGCAGGCGUAAGGCAUUAGAAGCUUGUGUUGAGGAAAUGCAAAAGGAUGGUGUUGUGGAAGUUGCUACAGGCCCUACCACUUGGGUUAGUAGGCCUCACCUUGUGCCCAAAAAGAAAUCUGGGUGGAGAAUGGUGGUGGACAUGAGAAAUGUGAAUGCAGCAUUACUGAGGGAGAGAUACCCAAUUCCUACUAGAGAAGAAAUGCUUUGCAAGAUAUCAGGGAGCAAGUGGUUUUCAUCAUUAGAUUUCAAAUGGUGUUAUCUACAGUUUGAAUUGAAAGAAGAUGUCCGAAAUUUGACUACAUUUGUCACACAUUUUGGCAUGUUUAGAUUUAAAAGGAUGGCUUUUGGGUUAAGUAUUGCUGCUGAGGUGUGUCAGCGAGCAAUGGAAGAUCUGAAGAAAGAAGCAUUGAGAAACAUCCCAGCAGAAGUGAAAGAAGAACUGAGGAAGGUGUUGGAGGAAAAUAAUAUGUGUAUGGAAGACUGCAUAAUUAUUUUCAUUGAUGAUUGGCUUGUUCAUGCUCCCACUGCCUGGGCGCAUAAUAGGCUGCUACAUGCUGUGAUUAAAACCAUACAGAACGGGGGGAUGACAUUAAAUUUUGAGAAAUGUAUCUUCGGAGCAAGCAGUGUGGACUUUGUGGGAUGCAAGAUUUCCCAGAAUGGAUAUCAGCCAUUGGAAGAUAGUGUUAGUGUGGUGAAGAAUUUCAGGCAGCCCACCAGUAAGUCAGAGGUGCAUAGUUUUUGUGGGUUAGCCACCUACUUCUCUAUUUAUGUGCCUGAGUUUGCCAAGAUUAUUGCCCCAUUGAGAAAGCUAUUGAAAUCGGGGGCACACUUUGUGUGGGGUCAAGAACAAGAAGAGGCCUUUCAGAAAUGGCCUUGGGAGCCCUAA